AGUUGUCGAUAUAUUCAGACCCACUCAUGUAAUAAAAUGAAUGAAACUACCUCCUCUCUGCAAAGAACAGCUUUGUUUCGCUUCAUACAUUCGGCAAUUGAGUCUAUAAUUAAUUAAUUAAAAAAGAAAUAUGAAUAUAUCAAGAAAUCUUUUUUCACUGCCUGGGUUAAGGACCCUAACGUGGUGCAAAUCAUUCUCCUCUUCUGCUUGGUCAUGGUCAGGACAUAAUAAAUGGUCCAAAAUCAAGCACAAAAAAUCUGCAAAUGAUCAGGCACGGAGUAAGCAAGUCGGAAAAAUUUCUCAGAGUAUCACAAUGACAGCACGAACGGAAGGUACAAAUCCAGAUGUAAAUAUUCGACUAGCUACGCUUUUAGAACAAGCACGCAAAAACUCUAUUCCCAAAAGUGUUAUAGAAACAGCAAUAAAAAGAGGUUCAGGUGGAGGAGCGGCUGAUGGUAAUAUCAUGCAAACUCUUGAUUACGAAGGAAUGCAUCCAUCGGGAGUUGGAUUUAUUGUCGAAACAAUUACAGAUAAUAGGGCUCGUACAGCAGCUAACGUCAAACACAUUCUAAAAAAGCAUGGCGCAUCCUUAUCAAAUGCAAAAUUUUUAUUUACAAAGGCGGGAAAGGUCGAAGUGAAUCCACCUGCUGAUCGCCUUUCCAUGGAACUUGGGAAUGUACUGGAUGAUGCAAUUGAAGCAGGAGCCGAAGACAUAGUCCAGAGACCCGAAGAAUACAUAGACGAAGAAGACGAGGGUCAAUUUGUAAUCCUCACCGAGCCUGCUUCUUUAAAUGAAGUUGCCCAGUAUUUUCGGUCGCAGAAAUACGAAAUUAAAGAUUCCCGAAUGAUUUAUGUACCAAUUUCCGACACAGCAAUUGACUUGCAAUCAAACGAACAAGCAAAAGAGCAAAUACAAAAUCUGCUUGAUGAGUUGUACGACAUUGAAGAUGUCAUGUAUAUCCAUACAAGUGCCAUCAAUUCCCAUUAUUUACCAUUGAGCAGCUAACAUAUUUUACUUGGUAAUAUAAUCUUUGCAUAAGUUCUUAAAGAAUAUAAAAUCUCUAAUUUGUCUUGGAUAUUCCUGCUAUACCUUUCUUUACUAGUUAUGAUAAUCCACGUCUUACCUGCUAAUAUAAAUCAGUCAUAUUUUUGAAAGAACCAAAUGUAAUUAAAAUAUUAUAUCUAAAAUACAACAGUGGAAUCAUUAAAAAAACGUUUAC